AUGGCCCUGCAACAAACAGCAGCAGCAACAACCACAACUGAAAGCAGUCCCAGCCUGGGUAGCAAGUCGUGGGACUUGCUGUACCCCCCGCACGUUUUGGGUGAAGCCUUAAAGCAAAUCCAGGGAUCUCUACAGGACAGAGGAGCGGCUGCAACAGGACCAGGGACGAUCCAGGAGAAGCAGCAGCAGCAGAUGCUGUCCCGACAGGAACAGCAGCAAAGUCAACUGCUUGUGCAAGCAGCAACUGCCUCUCCAGCGAUGCCGCUCGCUUUUCAAGGCGGCAUUAGCUCCCCUGCCUUCAACAAGCUUCAUGACCGUCGAGGGCUUGUUGACGUACAUAAAUACCUCUCUAUGGGCCCGAUUGGUCCUUAUAUACGCAUGAGGAUGGCCCUGCAACAAACAGCAGCAGCAACAACCACAACUGAAAGCAGUCCCAGCCUGGGUAGCAAGUCGUGGGACUUGCUGUACCCCCCGCACGUUUUGGGUGAAGCCUUAAAGCAAAUCCAGGGAUCUCUACAGGACAGAGGAGCGGCAGCAACAGGACCAGGGACGAUCCAGGAGAAGCAGCAGCAGCAGAUGCUGUCCCGGCAGGAACAGCAGCAAAGUCAACUGCUUGUGCAAGCAGCAACUGCCUCUCCAGCGAUGCCGCUCGGGAGAAAAGAUGAAAGGCAGCAAAGCAGUGAGGGGGGGCGGCCACUACUGGAGCCAAGCACGCAGCAACAGCAGAUCCAGCCGCAGCAGCAGCCGCUCGUGCAGUUGCAGCAGGCGCAGCGUCUCCAACUGCAUCAGCUUCAGCAGUUUACACCGCCUGCCUCCGAGUUGCAAAGGUCCCCAAGCCACCGACUGGGCUUGGCGAAUGCCAGUGUCCCUGCCUGGGGGUCCCCUCCCGCCUCUGCAGCUCCGCCGGGUGCUGCUGCUGCUGCUUCUCCUGUGGCGUCAACGGCAGCAGCAGCAGCAGCAGUAGACAGUCCGUGCGCUUUGGCCUUUCUGUCUGGCUUGCCUCAUGCCUAUUCCCCUACCUCUCAGGGAUCCACUGCACCACCGCAGACUCCGCAGGGUGAACUGGGAAGCAGCCAGGGAACGGUGGGAAAGAACCCUGACGGGACCUGUAGCGCCGUCCAGGUGCUUCAAUCAGCAGCACCGACGACAGGAGUUGCUCCGCUUUGUGGAAAAGAUGUUGAAGAAGUGCCUUCCCCGGAAGGGCUUGAAAGGCACGCUGAUGUUCCAGCAGCCACGACAGCAGACGAAUCUCCUCCUACAGCAGUAUCUUCUGUUCCAAGACUCACUAUUUGGCCAUCUGCCGAGCAGCAACAGCACAUGCAGCAGCAGCAGCAUGCGCAGCAGCAACAGCUCAGGGGGCAGCACCUGGUUUGCCCCAUUGAGAGCCAGCUCACGUCAGCCUUCGCAUUACCGGAGCAGCAGCAACAGCAACAGCGGCAGCAGCAGGAGAGGAAUCUAUUCUACAGGGAACUUGCAUCCAAACAAAAACACUUAAAGCACCAUUUGAUUCCUGCAAAUCAGCAGCAGUCCCAGCUAUUGCAGCCUUCGGCUGAGCAUCUUGUACCACAGCAAGAGCAGGAACAACUUCAGCAGCAGCAACUGGAUAAUGCGCUGAUGCUUGGGCAGCACAUGCAACGCGAACAAAGCAACUCUUGCUGCCUCCAACAAGAGGCAAAUGGUGCCGACCAGCAGCAGCAGCAGCACCAAGGGUGUCUGUGCAAGGCACGAGAGGAGCCUGCCAAGCAUGCAUGGAUCGUUCUUGUGAUCGUUCUCUCACGUCGCUGCUCAUUACGCUACCUCUGA